AUGGCGCCCAUCCACAAGACACCCAGCGAAGAAGAAAUCGCAAAAACCCUCGGCAACCUCAAGCUCUCCCCCUCGCACCCAGAGAAACCGCUCAAGAAACCCAAAUCCAAGCCCGUCGCCGACAGCUGGGACGACGACGGCGCCCUCAGCUCCUCAGACACCGAAACCGAAACCAGCAGUUCCACAAAAAAAGGCAAGGCAUCACAAGACCAACAACAAGACGGCGGCAAAUCCUCACCCCAAGAUGCCCUAAAACCCCUCUCAACAACCUCCUCCCACGAAGCCGACGUACCCCCCAACCCCCCACCCCCGACUCCCGCCUCGCCCACGCAAUUCGAGUACCCGCACGGCGACAACGUGGGGUAUGACAUUGGGGCUGAGGGACCGCGGAGCAGAAAUAGCCCUGCGAGUUUGGAUAAGCGGCCGGAGAAGACGACGGCGGUUGCCGGGAGGAUGAUUGCGGGGGCGUUGGGAGUGAGGGCGCCGAGGAGGACGGAGGAGGAGAGGGAGUAUGAUCGGGUUAUGAGGGAGAAGGAGAGGAAGAGGCGGGUGGAGGAGAAAGAGAGGGAGAAGAGGGAAGCGGAAGCGAGGGAGGCGAGGAAGAAGGCUGUUUGGGAUGAUUAG